AUUUAUAAAUUAUCAUUAAAAUUGAAAAAUCUGAAGAGAGAGAAAAAAAUUAAAAUUUACAUUUAUUUGUAAUUAAAAUAAAAAAAAUUUAUAAUUUUAUAAGAAGAAUAUAAUAUAAGAGUAUAAUUUAUUGUUUUAUGCAAAUUUUAUAUGAUAACUUUUAAUGGCUUGGUGUAAAAAACUAUUUCACAGAAGAAACAAUACUUUUGUGGAUGAUGAUUUGGAAACUGUUUUUGAAAAAAAAGAACGAUGGAGAAGCAUUUAUGUAAUUUAUUUUACCAUGUUUCUUAUGUCUUUGGGUUUUAGUAUUAUAUUAACAGGAGUAUGGCCAUAUCUUGAUAAGUUGGAUAGUACUGCUGGUAAAGAAUACAUGGGAUAUGUAGUUGCAGCAAAUCCUUUAGGGCAAAUGUUAUUUUCUCCUCUAGUAGGAUGGUGGGGAGAUAAAAGAGGAUCUAUAAGACUUCCACUUUUAUCAACAUUAGCUUUAUUUACAUUUGCAUCAGGAUUGUAUAGUAUCCUUGAGAUUGUACCAGGUGAUCGAAAAAUGUAUAUGAUAGUUGCCAGAUUUUUGGUUGGAGUUAGUUCUGCUAAUAUUGCAGUAGCACGGUCUUAUCUCUCAGCAGCUACAAAAUUUGUAGAAAGGACACAUGCUGUUUCAAUGGUAUCUCUUGCUCAGGUAUUAGGAUUUGUGGUAGGUCCUAGUUUACAAGCUGCAGUUACACCUCUUGGAGAAAAGGAACGUCGAAUUGCUAUUCGCGAGGCAAUGCGAAAUGAAGGAAAACAAACUGAGGAAGAAACAUUGAAAUCUAUAAAACCAGACAAUUUAGCAGCCUGGACAUUAAUUUGUGCAUUUUUUGUCUUAGUAUUUAAUUUUGUUCUUCUUGAAACACUUGGUACUUCUUUAACUAUGGAUCAAUUUGCUUGGUCAAAAACAGAAGCUUUAUAUUACAUGGGUAUAUUAAUGAGUAUUGGAGCUGUUGUAUCAUGUAUCACAUUUGUUAUGAUUGAACCUUUGUGCAAAAAAUUUAAUGAACGUAAGGUAAUGUUAUGGGGUGGAUUUUUAUUCAUGGUAAUAGGAAGAAUUUUAUGUAUUCCAUGGGGACCAGGUCCUCCGAAAAUUGCUUAUCUGGAAUCAUUUAAUAAUAUUACAAAAGAUUCCAAUGGCACAGAAAUUGUAGGAUGUCCAAGUACUCAGGAAUGGUGUAGCUAUACACCACAACUUACACCUGUACAGUUUUUUAUUGGAUAUGGAUUCACUACUAUAGGAUAUCCAUUAGGUAUUACUCUAAUACAAACUAUCUUCAGCAAAGUAUUAGGACCUCGUCCACAAGGUGUUUGGAUGGGUUUUAUGACAGGUGCUGGAUGCGCUUCUCGUGUCUUAGGUCCAGUAUUUGUUAGUGUAAUUUAUACUCGUUUUGGAACAUAUCAUACCUUUGGUAUCACUGGAUUAACAUUAAUAGUAUGUAUGUCAUGGUUACAAAUUGUAAACAAACGACUAGUUCCACCAAAAGCAAUAAUUCUAUCAAAAGAUAUGGAAAUUCCAUUAGUUCAUCUCAAAUCUAAUGAUAUUCAAGAUUUAAAUGAUGCACAAAAAAACAAUAAAAAUGAGGAAUGUGAUAAAAUGUAGUAAUUAAUACAC